AUGAAUUUUGGAGUACAGUGAAAUAUAGGGGAAACUUUGGAUGCAGUUAAAGUGUUCAGUGAUGGAGGGUUGUGUAUUGUGUGUGUGAGCCAUGAAGAAUUGUUUUUUGUGUGUGCACAAUAAGGAGGUAUGACUACGCAGGAUCGAGCAAAUAUUUUCACCGACGACGAUGAGGAUUUGCGUCCUCGACAGCAGAGCCUGGGCGGGGUGCUACGGCGUGAGGGUAACUGGAAGUGCUUCCUGCUGACACUGAUGAUUGCCGGCUGCCUCGGUUCCGUCGCCUGGUGCAACACCGCCGAGAUAGACCGAGAACUUAUCGAUCUUAAUACGUUUCCAAUAAAGCGUACAGUUCGUGAGUCACCAUGCGACGUUGGCUACGCGUACAUUCCUAUAGCAUUCGUCCUGCUGUUAUACUUAGUGUAUCUGGUGGAGUGCUACCACAGUACGGCAAGGAUACAACUGGCGAGACGUGUAGACGUCGCUGCGGUCAGCGCGAGAGUGCACGCCAUGAGGAAUGCCACGCCGAGAGUAUGGUGGAAAGCGAUUUGCUACCAUUACGUGAGGCGCAAGCGACAGGUGACGAGGUAUCGCAACGGAGACGCCUACACGACCACACAGGUGUAUUAUGAACGAGUAAACACGCAUAGCGCUAGCACGUCUUUCGCGCACGCGUGUUGCGGGCAGCGGGACGCAUCCAGGAACCUGGUGCUGGACUCUAAAACACCCAUCACGAAAGUCAGAUUCAGUAAAGGAUUUGCUUUUGCUAAUAUCGAAGCUGCUAGCGUUUUACCUCAUUCUUUCUUCCAUAAGCCAUACUCAGUAUUGUUUGUAGCUACUAAUGGAUUUCUUCAUUUUAGAAGUAGUAAGACAAAUUUACUCCAAGUGGCAGUCAGCGCAAUUCUGUGUCAAAUGCAAUAG